CUGUUGUUGUAGUCUAAUAUUAUCAGUAUAUCGAAUAAAAUUUAAAUAUCUAACACUUGUGAAUUAUUUACAGCGAAAUCAAAGUGCGUCCAUACUUUCUGGGACAGUCUUUAAGAAGACCUAAAUUACAACGAAACGUCUUCACAUGAAGCGAAAAUUGAUUCUCCAUCCACCUUUCUCACCCUACUGUAUUCCCUCGAACUAUUAUCUGUUCUCAUUUUGAAGAAAUGGCUCAUCGGUAGAAAAUCGAGCUCGGUUGAAACAAUAUAAGAAAUGGAAAAACGAAUUUUUAUUUAUCCCACCAAUAAGAAACAGUACAAUUUCCUAAUUAUCGUUUUUGUUAUUCUUUAGGAAGAAAUUAAUUAGUAGCACGUGUAUGCAUUCUGAUAUAUAUCAGGCGAUUUAUCAGCUCAUGAUACUUUUCAUUAUACAUGUUGUUAUAGGGGGCUGGGGUCCACUAGGAGAUUGAUAGUCCUUCUUAUCCUUCUCCGGACAAAACCAGCCUAGAGGCCGUGUGGGAUCCGGCGGCAAAAAAAAAACUAAGCCAAGAAUAGUUCCACUGGGUUCCUGCUUCCAUGUCGUACAAGGCGACAAUUGCAGGAGUUUCUUUUUUCCUUCAGUUAUCAGAUGUUUCCAACGUUUUCACAUCUGGUUACUCUAUCAGGUGUACAACUUAGCUUCGGCCGUUUUUUUUUCAAAUUUUAGAUGUAUUUUUCAAAUUAUUGUCCGUCGCUAGCGACAACUUUCUCCAAUUUUUCCGAAAAUUUUCGGAUCCCGGCUCGAAAAAAGGAGUCCUUUUUUGACGCUAUCCAUGAAGCAAUCCAUUUUUCCAACUCUUCGAAGGAUUGAAAAUGUUGAUCUGCCAGGCCGUGUGCCAUCGAACGGAAUAGGUGGAAGUCAGAAGGGACUACAUUUGGGGAAUACGGCGGGUGGUGCAAGACUUCCCAUUUCAGCGUUUCCAGGUACUUUUUGAUCACUUUUGCGACGUGAGGCCGAGCAUUGUCGUGUUGGAGGAUGACUUUGCCAUGUCGCUCUUGAUACUGUGGCCGCUUUUCAUUUAGCGCGCGACUAUGGCGCAUCAGUUGCGUUCGGUAGCGAUCUCCUGUGAUGGUUUCACCCGGUUUUAAGAGCUCUUAGUAAAUUGUUAUUCAUCUUUGAAGGUUUUUUCUUUUCCACCAUCAUGUUUGUCAUGUCACUUUAAGUCUAGUCACAGUUUUUCUGAAGAUUGUAGUGUGCCAUGCAACAUGAAAAUCGUAGCAAAAUAUUCAUUUCCGCAGUUUACGCUAUGCCUUUUUCGUUAGUAAAAGAGUUUUAGUUAUGAAACUUAUUUUACGUGAAUGUUAUAAGUUUUCAAUAUCAGCAACAUUUUAUUGAUAACUGCUACUCUUGAUUCAAACCACACAAAAUGACGGAUACUAAAACCGUGAACGAUGACUACAGAAAAGAAAUUCCAUCGCGUAUGCAAUAUCUGUUUGAGACAACCAAAUGGACGGAUUGUCAGUUUCUAGUUGGACAGGAGCCUAUCAUUGAAACAUUCGACGCUCACAAGUUGGUAUUAUCCCUGGCUUCACCGGUAUUUGAAACAAUGUUUCACGGUGCUUUAGCUGAACAGGGUAACGCACCGAUUCGUAUUGUUGAUUUGGAGCCCGAUAUAUUCCGAAAAAUAUUGCAGUAUAUGUACACAGACAAAUUAAGCCCAAACUCGAUAGAUGUAUUUAAAAUUUAUUACGGAGCCAACAAAUAUAUGCUUCCAAAGAUAAAAAAGCAAUGCACUGAAUAUUUAAAAACAAACAUUGAUCUCAACAACGUUUUCGAUCUGUACGAUUUCGCAACAUUUAACGACGAAGCUGAUCUAAUGCAGUCUUGCAAAAAUAUGAUAACACUAUAUGCUGAUGAGCUACUGAAUAAACCAAGCUUCUUAGAGAUCAAACUCAGCACAUUUAUAAUGAUACUGGAGCAGCAAGCAAUGAACAUCAGUUUUGAGUUGAGCCUAUUCAGAACCCUUAAGGCAUACGCAAUCAAGCAUGGAUUGGUGCGACGAGAUCAUUCAAGCCAAGAAAAUUAUCGACUUCUAAAUCUAACUGAAACAUCUGCGGACGAAACCGGCAAUCAGACAGCAGUAAUGAAACUACAAACGAAGGAACCCACUAUUGACGAUGCUCUGUACAGAAUUCGAUUCCUAGUUAUACCAGUAGAUGACCUUGCCAAUGAAUUAGCUGGAACGAGUCUGCUAUCGUUAUCCGAAAUCGGUGCUAUUCUAAUGAACUGUUUGACACGGUCAAGUGGUUUCCCAAUGCCCGCCAGGUUUUCAGUUUGCCGAGAGUCAAGAACGCGGAUUAAUAAACCUGUAACGUCCAUCCGACGAUAAUAACAUUUUUCGGUCGUACUCGUUAUUCACUACCACUCAAAGUAAUUGAAUGAACUCAACUAAUCCAUUAGAACAAUGAUUGGCCCAUUUUGAUAUAUAAUCAUUCCUGCAGCUCAGUGUAGUGACUUUACUUAAUUUUUCUAAAUAUUUCAUCGUAAAAUAGAGAGAAGUGGAGAAGAAUACUGUAUUUAUCGUUAGAAGAUUAAAUAAAAUGUUUAAUCAAAGUCCAUUCGAGUAACCAUCUAUAGAUCGCAAAAGAUUGAUUCAAGCAUCCGAAAAAAUCUGAGAACCGUGAGUAUUUUGUAUUUGUAACAUACUUCACAAGUUAGGGAAGACCGGGGCUGCAGUUCAAUAAAGGCUUGGCCCUUAUUACCGUUCUCACUUCCACUUUCACAUUCACUUCACUAACAUGUCACUUUACUUGAUUUCACCUAUUACCAGUAUCACGCAUAGUGAAGUAAUCACUUUAGUGUAAAAUAUCAUUUUUUCCAACAAAAAUUUUGGUGAUUUGAUGUUCGUAAUAACAACAAGUUCAUCUAAGUAAUUACUUUUUUCUCUGAAUCGACUUUCGUGAUGAAGACCUACAUUCACUUUACUUUCACCGUGAAGUGAUACCGAUAAUAAGGUAAAAAUCUUGGUUUUCUUGAUUUUUUCACCGUGUAGUGACACCGGUAAUAAGUGCCUUUAUCACUGUCAACUAGUAGGAUAAAGAACAAGAUUAGUUCUUGGGCUGCAUCCAAACAUGACAGCUACUGGCGCAGCUUGCAAACUUGCACUCAGACAACAUCAUUUGAUUUGAAUCUGAAAAUGUCGAAAUGUCGCAUUUUUCCAAGCAUCAUUGCAGUAUUCCGGUCAGAACUCUGACUGGAAAUUGCAAACUCAACUAUUACAUGGCUACUAUCCAGGGUGCUGAGUAUUGUUCGUGUGAAUGAGAUUACGGUACUUCAUAUCAUCUGAUAUGUAACUGCCCCGCAUUGACGCAACUACGUAUCCGGGUUUUUGGUUCUCCAUACAUGGUUGAAUCUGUGUAUGCGGAGCUAAAAUUGAAGGAUAUUCUAUAGUUUCUCACCCAAUGUGGUAAGAAGCUAUAGUCAGAAGGGUUCAUCGUUCUUCCUGGAGUGAAUUAAUCCUUUCUGUUUCUACCUUGAAAGAUUUUAGCAGAUUGUUUGGCAUCAUUUAUGGGGUGCCGAAUUUUUUUCUGUGCAAACAUUUGUAAAUCACUCUACAUUCUCUUCCGAUCAGGAAAAUGAUGAGAAGUUACGGCAAGGCACAGCUAUCUGAAUAAUUAGGGGAAUAUGCCAUUUGCACCAAUAAGUUCUGAUUCCUGCUUCUGAAUUCCGCAGCGAUGGGUUCUCCGAUGCCGUUAAACAUGGACAAUGUGAAAAAUACAUAAUGUUUAUUAGCUACUAACCAGUGAAAGUACGCGAGCAAUCAGAUAACACAAGGAUUAAUACUAAUAGGCGCACAUGCGGACAAAAACUCGAACGCGAACGCACUUCGGAAGCGUGUUUGCUAAUGCUGAAUUGAAAUUCGUUACAUUUUUGGAGACGAUUGGUAACUGUUGAUCGGACCUCGACCUACGACUGCCCGACAGAGAUCAGAAUGAGGCAAUGUACUGAAGCAGGCACGACUGAGCCGAUGCAGCCUAGGGGGAGACUCAAUAGGUAGGAAACGUCAGAGCGGCUGUUUUAUUGAGAUUGUCAUGGCAUAGUUUUCGUGGACUACGUCGAAAUAGGAACAACCAUCAGCUGCAUGUAUUACUGUAAGAAGACCUAAAUUGUAACGAAACGUCCUCACAUGAAGCGAAACCGCCAGAAUCAACAAUCUCGGGCUCCAAUUGCUUCUCCAUUCACCUUUUUCACCCUACUGUAUUCCCUCGAACUAUUAUCUGUUCUCAGUUUGAUGAAAUGGCUCAUCGGUAGAUAAUUGACCCCGGUUGAAACAAUACAAAAAACCUGUUUUAAUCCACCUAGUGGUGUAAUGAUGCCUUUUUCAUAUCAAUCAUACUAUCAUAUAUAAUACUGUGGUAUUCUUCAAAAUAAUUUUCUUCGAUUCUUAAAAGAAUAACCGAAAUCAGUUUGUUUGACCGUCUACGAUAAAAACUAUCAAUUGGUGAAGAUUUUAGGACGAUUUAGAAUUUUUUACGGUUUUUCGCCCUUAUCAGUGAUGGUAUAAAAAUUUUAACACACUUUACCCUAUAUUUCCGGAUCCAGAAGUUGGAUCCGGGUGAAAUUCAGGAAUUACGUAUUACGGGCUACAGGACCUUUCAUUUGAAUCUAAGUUUGUGAAAAUCGGUCGCGCCAUCUAUGAGAAAAGUUAGAAUACAUAUUUUCACAAUUUUUUGCACAUUUUACCCCAUAAUUCCGGAACCGGAAGUCGGAUUCAAAUAAUAUUCAGGAAUUUUGUAUGGGACCACAAGACCUUUCAUUUGAAUCUAAGUUUGUGAAAAUCGGUUCAGCCAUCUCCGAGAAAAGUUAGUGUAAAAAAACGUUACAUACACACAGACAUUUUGCAUACUCGACGAACUGAGUCGAAUGGUAUAUGACAAAGGUUCAAAAGUCGGUUUUCACAGUGAUUGCAUAACCUUUCUAUAUGAGAAAGGCAAAAAAUGGAAAAACGGAUUUUCAUUUAUCCUACCUAGUUUAACAGUACAAUUCCCUAAUUAUCGUUUUUGUUAUUCUUAUGGAAGAAAUAAUUUCUAGCACGAGUAUGCAUUCUGAUAUAUCAGUCAAUUUAUCAGUUCGUGAUACUUUACAUUUUACAUGUUGUUAUAGGGGGCUGGGGUCCACUAGGAGAUUGAUAGUCUUUCUUAUCCUUCUCCGGACAAAACCAGCCUAGAGGCCGUGUGGGAUCCGGCGGCAAAAAAAAAACUAAGCCAAGAAUAGUUCCACUGGGUUCCUGCUUCCAUGUCGUAAAAGGCGACAAUUGCAGGAGUUUCUUCUUUCCUUCAGUUAUCAGAUGUUUCCAACGUUUUCACAUCUGGUUACUCUAUUUUACUAGAUUAUUUCUUCAUUAAACAAAUUUAUUUAUUUUCAAAAAUAUUUACGACAAAAUCAUUUUUUAUCUAUGCCCAUCUAGCUUCUGGGAAGAGAUUUAUUUGUCUUUUUUUCUUCUUCCAUGUUCAAUUUAUGUUAUAAAUUGAAUAAUAAAAACCUUUCGCGAUGAUCCGUUAAUAUUACAAUAUUAAUAACAGAGCCAACACAUAUUGGUAUAUUGAAUAAAUUAGUAGGCAAAUACUUGCUUGUUUUAUCAUCUAACUCCCGAUAACCGAUAGUUAAGGCUGCGUAUCACAUGUUUCUAUUGAAACCAGGUGAAUUAAAAAUUUUCUCUCGGUAGUCGGCUGCCCAGAUCAUCCAAUAUAACCAAUUAAUCAUUUUUCGUGUUGAUGUAUAGUGCAAAUAAUAAGCAAUCAAGAUGCGCUUUCAUUUGGCAAUUCGAAAUGACUUGAUCUAGUCUAUAACAGUUCGGCUGAAAAGUUCGUAUCGUUUAAUAGAAACACACAUUUUUUUUGCCAAAAUUCGUUUUUAUUAUUCAACAUAAUUGCCAUCAGAGGCGAUACAGCGAUUAUAGCGAUCUUCCAACUUUUCGAUACCAUUUUUGUGGUACGAUUUGUCCUUUGCCUCAAAAUAGGCCUCAGUUUCAGCGAUUACCUCUUCAUUGCUUCUACAUUUUUUACCAGCGAGCAUUUUGUUGAGGUCUGAGAACAGGAAAAAGUCACUGGGGGCCGAAUCUGGCGAAUACGGUGGAUGAGGGAGCAAUUCGAAACCCAAUUCGUUCAAUUUCAGCAUGGUUUUCAUCGACUUGUGACACGGUGCAUUGUCUUGAUGAAACAAAACUUUUUUCUUCUUCAAAUGAGGCCGUUUUUUUUAAAUUUCGUCCUUCAAACGCUCUAAUUACGCUAUAUAAUAGUCACUGUUGAUGGUUUUUCCCUUUUCAAGGUAGUCGAUGAAAAUUAUACCAUGCGAAUCCCAAAAUACAGACGCCAUAACCUUACCGGCCGAUUGUUGAGUCUUUCCACGCUUUGGGUUCGGUUCAUCGCGUGCAGUCCACUCAGCUGACUGUCGAUUGGACUCCGGAGUGAAAUGAUGGAGCCAUGUUUCGUCCAUUGUUAUAUAUCGACGAAAAAAAUCGGUUUUAUUUCGAUAUAACAGCUCCAAACGCUGCUCAGAAUCAUCAAUUCGUUGUUGUUUUUGAUCAAUUGUGUGCUCACGCGGCACCCAUUUUGCACAAAGCUUUCUCAUAUCCAAAUAUUCGUGAAUAAUAUGUCCAACACGUUCCUUUGAUAUCUUUAGGGUGUCAGCUAUCUCGAUCAACUUCACUUUACGGUCAUUGAAAAUCAUUUUGUGGAUUUUUUCACGUUUUCAUCGGUAACAGCCUCUUUUGGACGUCCACUGCGUUCAUCGUCUUCGGUGCUCAUAUGACCAGUACGAAAUUUUGCAAACCACUUACGAAUUGUUGCUUCGCCCGGUGCAGAGUCUGGAUAACACUCAUAAAGCCAUUUUUUGGUAUCGGCGGCACUUUUUUUCAUCAAAAAGUAGUGUUUCAUCAACACACGAAAUUCCUUUUUUUCCAUUUUUUUUCACAAUAACAAAAGUAGCUUCACUCAAAAUGCAAUAUUUCACAAACUAAUAAUCAGACAGCUGUCAAAUUUAUACACGUAUCUUUUGAAGGUUGGUACUAACUGAAAAUGGUAUGGAUUUAAUUCUAGUGGCGCCCUCUCAUAGAAACGAUACGAACUUUUCAGCCGAUCUGUUAGAAUAAUUGAUACAUGUACUUUAUCUGUUAAAUAGAGCUUUCGGAUGAUUUCAAUAUGUUACUACAAUGAAUCAACUAUUUCGUCUAAAUCCUAUUCACUCGUUUAUAUUGUAGAAAUCAAUUUCGUUUAGUCAAAAUUAGGGAAGUUUUUAUUCGUUCCGCGAUAGCAAUUAAAAUUUUCCUAGAAUAAGACUAUCCGGGAUCUCAGUUUCGGAUAUUGUUGAAACGUUCACUCGGGAAGUCCAAGACUAGUAACCAGGGGUUGUCUGUCGUUCAAGUUCUAGUUCGUUUUGAAUGUUCGAAUAGUAAUAUUAGGGAUGGCCAAUGUUACAACAGAAAAAUUUUUCAUUUUCAGAUAAUUUCUACAUUCAUUCAAAAAUGACUGAAAUUAAAAAAGUACACGAUGAUUACAGAAGAGAAGUCCUGUCACGUAUGCAAUUUCUGCUUGACACUACCAAAUGGACUGAUUGUCAGUUUCUAGUUGGACAGGAACCUAACAUUGAAACAUUUGACGCUCACAAGCUGAUCCUAUCCUUGGCCUCACCGGUAUUCGAAACCAUGUUUCACGGUGCUUUAGCUGAGCCGGGUAACGUGCCGAUUCGCAUUGUGGAUGUGAAGCCAGAGGUAUUCCGAAAGCUACUGCAGUACAUGUACACGGACAAAAUAAAUCCCGACUCGUUCGAUGUAUUCAUGAUUUAUUUGGCAGCCCAAAAAUAUAUGCUCUCACAAGCGAAAGAACAAUGCAUUGCAUAUUUGGCAAAACACAUCGAUCUGUCUAACGUUUUCGAUCUGUACGAUUUCGCAACAUUCCAUGACGAACCUGUUCUAAUACAAUCUUGUCAAUCUGUGAUGAUCCAACGUACCGAUGAACUACUGCGUGAUCCUAGCUUCCUAGAUAUUAAACUUAGCACAUUUAUAAUGAUACUGAAUCAGAAAAAUCUUAACAUCAGCUCCGAGUUGUACCUAUUCAAAGCCCUCAAGGCGUACGCAAUUAAGCAUGGAUUGACGCGAACGGAUCAUUCGAAUCAAGAAAACGAUCAAUCGAUUGAUUCUGCUGAAGGUUCUCCGGGUGAAAAAGUCGAACGAAUGAAACUGAAUCCAAAGAAACCAACAAUCGACGAUGCGCUCUACAGAAUUCGAUUCCUAACAUUACCGCCACAGGAACUUGCUCCUGAAUUGAUUGCAACGAACGGUCUUCUAACGUUACCCGAAAUUGGCGCUAUUCUAAUGAACUGUUCCAUGAAGAGAAGUGAUUUUCCAAUACCCCCUGGAUUUUCAAAUUGCCGAAAGAGGAGAGUACCAGUUCAGUGCGUCGUCGGUACAUCUUUAUCGAAGCUACCGACUUCUGCGUGAAAAAGUAAUAUUAAACAUUUAUUGUCGAAGAAGACAACUCAUUACCAUUUGAAGAAAUUGAAUAAAUUGUUUUGUUGAAGUUACACAAGCUCGUUCUUUUUGCCCUCCUUAAAACCUUAGGAAUUAGUAAUUGACGUAGACGCCGGAUGUAGGGAAAGUAUCCCAAUCCUUAUCUACUUAGCUUUAUGAUUGCAGUCUUUGAAAAUUGUAGCUAAGGACAAUCUGUAGAUGUGAUGGUCUUGAGUCCACCUGAUAUUUUUCAACCUAUCAAAUUUUGUUUUCGGUGUCAAACACAUUGAAUGACGCAAUAGGCUUUAGCGUCUAGUAUUAUUCCCAGUAUACGAACGGAAUUGGUAACACCUGGGCUAAGUAUGCUCUUUCCACUCUUCAAUGUAAAAAAAAAAAAUACUGCGGUAAGUAUUUUCUUCCUACACGGAUAGAAGAAAGACAAAACACAAUUUAUGUUGAAUAGAAUUCACAAUAAAAGGUAAGUAUCAAAAAAACACUCAUAAGGAGAUAGCAGAUAAUUAUUUAAUUUUGAACUAAAACUUUUGGAAUUACUCUACUCUGAACCUGUGUAAAGUCAAGAUUGAACUUACCAGAAAUUGAUGAUGAUGAUGGUCCCACCUCAUACCCCUACAAAGGUGUGAGCUGAACGAGUUAUCUAAGUGAUAAUUAAUAUUAUUACAUGCUUUAACCAGUAAUCAAAAAUUGAAACGAGCUGGUUAACUUAGCAGGCAUAGAUAUUCCUUCGAUAGAGCAGCUGAACAAAAAGAAAUUACUAUACUACAUUAUAUAUUACAAUUACUAUCCAGGGUUGAUCAAGAAAAUUUCCAACCCGGGAAGAUCCUUGAACAAAUUAGGAAUCGAACCCAAUAUCUCGACCAGUAUCAGACAAUAAUUCACCAGGCCCCUCCCGCCGGACCAGUUCAUCGUUAUCACCACCAGCUACGAUGGAAUAACGAGACUGCGAAUGAGCAGAGCCAAGCCCAAUUUCAUCAACAACUGUAGAUCCCAGCAUAACUCAAGAAAAUCAUAAUUGGUCUCAAACAAUAACAUCUCUUAAUUCAGCCUUAUUCCAUUUCUAGAUUGUCUUUGACUGCUUUACGCGCGCGGGCUCAAACUUUUGUAGACAACUCAUUUACUUUUUAUCUUUAUCAACUCUAAAAUACUAAUAACAAAAAAAAAUCCAUCAUCAUCAUACAGAUCAUAAUAACUUCUAACAUCUACAAAAAAUAGUGAUAAGUCAAAAUACAUUCUUCUUCAUUUUACAUAAUUUUAAAGAAAUCAAAUUAUAAUAUAUAUUUUAAAAUCGGUUCAUAAGACAGAUUUUACAUGUGAAAUACAUAAUUGUUUGAAUUCAUUUAGAGUUGUAGCACGUUUAAUUUGUCUGGGCAUCGAAUUGAAAAAAUUUAUUCCUUUGUACAGUAGCGAAUUCUGUGAUCUGCCUAAUAGAAAGUUUGGUGUUCUUACAUCUGAUGCAUUUCUGGUAUUAUAUCUAUGUAAAUCACUUCCUCUCUCAACUCGAUCACACAAAUAUCGAGGCAGCAUACCAUUUAUUAAUUUAAAAAUUAACACCAUUGUUAAGUAAUAAAUUCUUUGUUUGACCGAAAGCCAUUGUAAUGCACUCAGCAGAAAAGUAGAGGAAGUGUAUCUAUUACAUUUAAGUAUCAAUCGCAUGACUUUAUUUUGCAGUCGCUGUAAUUGCAUGAUUUGUGUACUAUUAGCAAGAAACAGAAUGGAUGGACAGAAGUCAAUAUGUGGUGAAAUGAUUGAUUUAUACAGAAGAAUUUUACUACUGAUCGUUAAAUCAUUUUUCAAACGACACAAUACUCCGUACUUUUUGGCAAUCUUCCUGAUCACGUUAUUAAUGUGAGAUUUGAAUGUUAACUUUUCAUCAAUUACGACUCCAAGGUACUUCAUCUCUCUAACGCGUUCAAUAAUCUCACCAUCAAUUUCAACGUUAGCAUCAUGUCUAGUGCUCGCAGAAGAAAUAACCAUGUAUUUCGUCUUUGCGACAUUCAAUUUCAAUUGCUUGAAUUUUAACCAACGUGCUAGAGAAUGUAGGUCUUCGUUUAAGUGUGCAACAGCUUCAUUAUAAUCCUUAGAUGCAAUAAACAGAACCGUAUCGUCAGCAAAUAAAUUGAUAUCACAAAACCGUAAAACUCGUUUCAUAUCAUUAAUAUACAUAAUAAAUAAAAUUGGUCCUAGGACACUGCCUUGAGGCACUCCAAGUGAGUUAUCUAGAGAACUGGACACAAAAUCGUUAAAUACAGUCUUUUGUUUUCUAUCAUAUAAAUAGCUUUCAAACCAUUUGUAUGCUACUCCUUCAAUGCCAAAGCGUUGUAGAGUUUGUAACAAUAAAGGUCUUGAGAUUGUUUCAAAAGCGCGCUUUAGAUCCAAGAACACUGCAAGAAUAAACUCUUUAACUUCGAUUCUCUCUUUCCAUUUUGCUAAUACCAGAUUCAAAGCGGUUUCGCAAGAGUGUCCCUCUCGGUAUCCAGAUUGUUCCGGCAUUAGCAAAUUAUUACCGUUCAAAUAGUUCAUCAACUGGUCCUUAACUACAUGUUCCAAUAUUUUCUCCAGCGUGUGCAACAUGUUGAUGGGACGGUACUCUUCGGCUUUAUCCGUUCCAGCAACUUUGGGAAUAGGAAUAACUAAUGAUUCUUUCCAAACUUUCGGUACGUGCCCAGUUUGUAUCGAUUCAUUUAUCAAGUUUAGAAGAUCGUGUCCGAUAACAUGAAAGCAAUCUUGUAUCACCUUUGCGUUGACAUUAUCGAUACCAAAUUAAAACAAAUAUCUCUUAACUGUCCAAAAGUGAUUGGGUGAAACCCUUCAAAUCUGCAAUUGUUAUUUAUCGACUGUGUUAUUUCACUAGGUUCACUGACCUGAUCAAUACUCUGAUUGAUCAGUUGAACACUGUUUAUGAAAUAACUGUUCAAUUUUUCAACUAAGGUUUGCUCAUACCGUUCUUCUAUCCCAUUAAAACUCAUGCUUUUCGAAGAACUAUGUGUUGGGUUAAUCAUUUGUUUAAGGAUUUUCCACAACUCCUUGCUAUUUCGUUGAUGUUGAUCGAUCUUCCUCUGGAAAUAUUCACAUCUAGUCUUUUUCAAGGCUCGUGAGUAUAUAUUCCGAGCAUUCGUGUAUCCACGCCAGUGAAUUUCGUUGUUAGUUCUGCAAAACGUUUUAUACUUUUUAUCCCUCUCUCGCUUCAACUGUAAAAGGUCUAAAGAGUACCACCGGCUCGAGUUAGUCAAGCUAACGUAUUUCUCAGAUACCAAGCAACUAGUACACCUUUUCAACACGUCAGUCAGAACAGUCGCUCUGCUAUCUAAAUUUCCAGCUGACUGCGUAAAUUCCAGGCUUCUUGAUACCAGCUGAGAUAUAGCUUGGCUUGAGUAUUUUUUCCAGCAUUUUAUUUUAAUUUUCUUUUCUUUUAGUAUGGAACCUCUCGUCAAGUAAACUGAGAUUGUUUCAUGAUCCGAAAUCUUAUAAUAUAUACCAUCAAAAUUUGAAUACACGUGAUCUAUUAAAGUUCUACUAUGUCUGGAAAUUCUCGUGAAUUCAUUCACAGUUUGCUUGAGGUUGAAGAAUUCUGACAACUGUUUCAAAUGAUUCGAAUCUUGGUCCCUGAGCCAGUCAAUAUUGAAAUCUCCUGAAAUUAUGUUCAAUUUACUGAAAUCUAAGAAGCUUUCCCACCAGUUUUCUAAAAUUUCCAGAAAACGACGGUCACUUGAACUAGGAGAAUGAUAUACAACUCCAUAAUUUCCCUGCUGCAUGCCUCUUUCAACUGAUAUGCCCAAAAACCAAUUAUUUUCAAUCAUUUCGUUUGAUCGAAUGCUGAACUUAAUCGAUCCUCUUGCGUAAAUUGCUACUCCACCGGUAUGUCUUGAAUGCGAUAAGCAAUAAGCAACAGCGUAACCAGGAAUACCCAGCUGAUCAAAUGCACUGGAAUCAACUAUAUGUGUUUCCGAUAGCAUUACUAACAAGGGCCUUCUAUCCUCUACAAGAUGCCGCAUUGCGACAAAGUUAGUAGACAAACCGGCUAUAUUCAAAUACAAAAUUUCCGAUAGCCUCCUGUCAGUUAGUUGCUAUCCACUAGACAAAACGUUUUUCUUUUUCGAUUCAAGCAGCCUACGGUAUACUGGACACUGUUUACUGAAUGCCGGAUGAUUUAUGUCCAAAUUCAUUCUACGUUCCGAGUUAAUUUUUAGACAAUUUACGCAUUUAAAAUCAGUUGAAGAGCACUCAGAAGUUUUAUGUGCUGCAUUACAUCUAGAACAAAACAUCUCAGUACAUUAAAGGCCUCGUAAAUAGAACACUUAUCCCAUCCAAUACUAACCGUUUGGGCUGCCAUCAGAUUGCUAUAAGUGUUUUUAUCAACCUCUAUUAUUACAUUAUAUUUGUUAUAUCUGAAGCGUGGAUUUUCAAAAUUAGCAACAACUUUCACAUCUUCGAUCGCAACGCCCUCGUUCUGACUUCUCAAAAGAUCGAUGAAGACAUCAGAGGAAUAUCGAUCACUCAUCCCCACUAUUUUAAUUUUUGGUUUUCCGGGUGUGGGUAUAACAGCACUGUAGUUGGCACCCAAAUUGCCUUCAAUGUUCUCUUUCACUAAUUUAAUAUCUUCCCCGGCUGCACACUCAACAAUAAUCGAGCCAUCUUUACCGUUUUUAAAGUUACUAAUCUUAUGUGCUCUUGGAUCUAGCUUGUCUUUUAAAAAUUUCCUUGUAUCAUCACUCGUUUGUGAUGUCUCGACUGGCUUUAUCAAAAUGACCGAACGAGUCUUACUAUUUUUAUUAGUUUUGUUCUUAUUUGUAAAUUUUCCAGACAGAACAUUCGCAUAUGUCAUUUUAUUAUUUUUAUUAAAAACCUCGUCAUUAUUUUCAAAAUCGUUAAUGUCCAUACCUGUCGAUUCAUCUUCAUUAUCAGUCAUUAACUUUCUUUUUCGUCUAGGAUUACCAUCAGACUCAGAGUAAGUCUUUCUUCCUACAACAACUUUUUUUCUGUUCAUUACAUCCAAUUCAUUAUCAUUUCGCUUAAUACUCGAAAUCAAGAAACCUUUCAAAUCCUCCAACUUUCUGGCCACACUGUUUUCCAAGCAUGUCAUUUUACUCUCAAGAGUAUCAUUGUAGGAUUUAAUCAGUCUCUCAAUUCCGUUCUCCAAUGCGAUGUUCAUCUGCGAUAUGAUGCUCUGCCGCUCACCAGCAAAUGAUUCCGCGAUGGAUGUUAGUUUAUCCAUCUCCUUCCUCAUAUCGCUACUGAACGAAUGAUCACCACCACCAGAUACCACAUUAGAUGCACCUGAAAGACAUUCUCCACAUUUAUACAAAAGCAUCGGAGUUUCGGAAAGCCAGUUCACCAUUGCCUUCGUAAGGUUUGAACACUUCUGAUGAAAACCAUUAUUACAAAAAGAACAUACUAUCCGAUCCGAUACUGUUAGCUUCUCUUUGCACCUGCCACACUCACCCAUCAUUUCUGCGCAAACCAAACGGUCCGAGACAGCAGAAGGACAAAUAAACAGAAUGCAAAAACAAUACACAUAUCAUUCAAUUCACCCGAAACGACGCCUUUUGUUCAGGCGAACGCUGAACGGGAAUAAUUAAAUCGAAAUAGCACCAAAUAUAGGCAUGCACAGAAAAUGCACUCUACUUAUCUGAAUAAAAUACAGUCUCGCACUUAGUGUUGCACUAAAUUCUUUACAAAAAGUAAUGUAUUUCACAUAAAUUCUAUCACAAUUUGAUUCGGCACAAUAGAUGCACAAGUUAUCAUGAUCGUCACUCACCAGGAAAAUAUACACGGAAAAUUAAAAUUCAUGUCAGUCUCCACAUGAUCAAGCGAAGUUUUUCGAGAAAUCAAGCAACAAACAACACAGGAAAAAAUAAUGAAAUUUCCACGACAUGUAAAUCAAUAAUAACAUAGAAUAGACAUGGGUUGAAACGAAAGCUUGAUUGAAAACCAUCAUCGAUGCUAAACAGAAUUGAAUUGCAUUGAAUUUUCAAUAAAUUGAGCUGUAUCUUCCAAAUAACGCUUAGUUUUGCGAUUAAAUUAUAUUGAAACGUACAGAAUUGUCAAGUAACUUUAUGUUUAAUUGCCUGCUCCAAAUAUGUGCAUGAAAAAAAAUGCAAAUUCACAAAAUAUUUUUAAUCUGUGAAGCGCUUAGUGCAACCAAUUGUGCAAACCCUGAAUGCCAAACUGGGCGAAAGAUAACCGCAAUUGGGCGAAUAGGAUAAAACAACGUAUUGGUCGUCGGUUCGAGUGAAGCGUGUCUGAUUGGGAAACAGUACCGGUAUAGUUCAACGCACUGUUGAACAUCCGUUAGAAGUGAAUAUUAUGAAAUUAACAAACCAAGUCGAGAGCUGAAAAUUGAUCACUUAUGACUGAACACCAAACUAAAAUCCUAAUAGUUUAGAUUCAAACCAUGUUACUAUGAAUCGGUCGAGCAGAUUUUUGAACCUGAUAACAGAAAUUGAACAACGAUCUGAAGCUUGUCUGACACACCUAGAAAUGGUUAUCACAAUCUUCCGUCGCAAUACCUGACGAAAAUAUCUGAGUAGCUAACGUGAAGGAGAAAACCCUGUUCGAAAUGGCGUGAAUUAAAAUUAAGUGUGUGAAAAUUGGUUCAGUGAUUUCUGAAAAUAAACAAUGGAACUUAGCCAUUAAGAAGAGUUUGACAACAGUUUCCACUAUUUUCGGAAUCAGGAACUGGGGAAUUCUGUUUGUUUAGUCAUCAAUUAAAAUAAUCUACAAACUGUUUUGUAUUGUAGCUUAAAUUUCAGCGAUUUUUUUAAAGAUAAUUUUUUAGGACAUACGAUUUUGGAACAGGGUAACCAGGGUAGAAAAAACAGUCGUUUUUAUUAUGAGCAAUUCCGGAAAUGCAUAGCAGAUCAUCAGACUCGACCUUUCCGAUUUGGAUGUAAUUUUGCAAAUGGCUUCAGUAUGGCAAACCAUAAGCUUUGAACCGAUGGAGAGGUCAAUCCGACUCACGACUGAUUUUAAAAAAGGGGGUAUGUAUUUGUGCAUUUCACAAAAACUGCCUUUUUCAAAUCGUUGUAACUCGGAAACCGUUAAUUGUACAAAAAUGGCGUUAAGGAAGAAGUUAUAGGGAACCGAUUGGGCACUCUAAAAAAAUAUACACGGAAAAAAAUUUUUGAUUUUUUUCUCAAUAUUACAAAAUAAUCCGUAACAGUUAAAUAAAAAACCUGUUUUAAUCCACCUAGUGGUGUAAUGAUGCCUUUCUCAUAUCAAUCAUACUAUCAUAUAUAAUACUGUGGUAUUCUUCAAAAUAACUUUUUUCUUCGAUUCUUAAAAGAAUAACCGAAAUCGGUUUGUUUGAUCGUCUACUGAUAAAAACUAUCAAUUGGAAAAGAUUUGAGGUCGAUUUAGAAAACUUUACGGUUUUUCGCUCUUUUCAGUGAUGGUAUAAAAUUUUUAACACACUUUACCCUAUAUUGCCGGAUCCAGAAGUCGGAUCCGGAUGAAAUUCAGGAAUUACGUAUGGGACCACAGGACCUUUCAUUUGAAUCUAGGUUUGUGAAAAUCGGUUCUGCCAUCUCCGAGUAAAGUUAGUGCAAAAAAACGUUACAUACACACAUACGCACAUGCACACACACAGACAUUUUGCGUACUCGACGAACUGAGUCGAAUGGUAUAUAGCACUCGGAGCUUCGGGCUUCGGUUCAAAAGUCCGUUUUCACAGUGAUUGCAUAACCUUUCUAUAUGAGAAAGGCAAAAAGCAUGGUUUUAUUUUUUUUAAUAAUUUUUAUUUUAAAGCUGUUAUUAAACUUUUUCCUGGACGCCAUUUUUGUACGAUGAACGGUUUCCGAAUUAAAACGAGACCCGUAAACUGUUUUAGCUGUAACUUCUUCAUUUUCCAAAAGGCACGGAUGCGAUAGUCAUCAAUCUGUAGGUUUUAAUAACAGCUUUAAAAUAAAAAUUAUCAAAAAGAUGAAAACCAUGCUUUUUUUUAUUUAACUUUUUCUGAUUAUUUUGUAAUUAUUGAGAAAAAAAUCAAUUUUUUUUUCAGUGUAUAGUUUUUUAGAGUGCCCAAUCGAUUCCCUACAACUUCUUCCAGAACGCCAUUUUUGUAUAAUUAACGGUUUUCGAGUUACAAUGAUUUGAAAAAGGCAUAUUUUUUGAAAUGCAAAAAUACAUACGCCCUUUUUAAAAAUCAGUCGUGAGUCGGAUUGACCUCUCAAUCGGUUCAAAAACUUAUGGUUUGCCAUACUGAAGCCAUGUGGAAAGUAUCAUCCAAAUCGAAGAAGGUCGAUUCUGAUUUUGUCACUUUUUCGUCUACUCAUUCCUGGAAUAGCUCUUAUAUUAAUUAUUAGAAAACUGUUAGAGCCAUAUACAACCUAAACACACACACACACACCACACACACACACACACACACACACACACACACACACACACACACACAAGCGAGAUUAAUUCUCAAAAUUCUAAUUUUCUCUCCGAAUAUCACAAAAUUUACAGGGAGUAGAAAGAAACAAAGUUAGUUUUGGCUUCCUUCAUUCAAUUCAUUUAGCCUUUAUAACCAGAUGUGCGAGAUUUGGCUUCAACCCCUGUCAUAAGGUUCUGCACGAUCACAGAAUCCAUUACUUUUUUUGCAUAUUAACCAAUGCUUUCGUAAUUUCUGCUAGCUUCUUCACUACUUUAGGAUAUUUUUGAAGGUGCUCCUUCAUAAUGGCCCAGUAUUUUUUUUUUCUAUUGGACGCAGUUCGGGAGUGUUUGGGGAGUUCAGAUUUUGCGACACCACUCUAGCAUGCCGUUACUGUAGUGGCAUGAUGCCAAAUCCCGUCAGAGGACAGUCAAAUCGUUGUGAAACUUCAGAAGAAGAAGAAGAAGCCGGUUUUGGAGACACUUUCAAUAAGUUUUCAAAAAGUGAAUUUCAUAAACUUCUCAUCAUUUUUUGGUUUUACUUGCACGUUGUUGUUUCGUAUUGCGGUGGUGUGAGAAAUGCAUUAAUGCAAAAAUUAAAUGUAAAAAGUUGACACGAAUUUAUGUAACAUUGGGUUUUUUGUUGAAAUAGUAACGAGUUGAAUACAAUAAUAUGGGUAUAGGUAUAAGAAAUCGCGGUUUUGGAACAGGAGUACAGCGAUCACUAGUUACUGUUGUUGAACGGUUGAUCUUGUCUUUGGUUAUUUAAAAGAUAUUUUUAUUCAGGCCUAUUUGCGUACAAGCUUUACGUGGCCGAUUGAGCCGAUUUUUUAAACAAAAAUUUUUUUGUAUUGGAUCUCGUUAUCACCCUUUUUCUAGGAGGAGAGGAGCUUCCAUUUCCCUCCUGCGAGGAUUGAGGAGCACUUUGUUCGUGGCUCGUCUCGUGAUCCAUUGCCACAUCUGUGGUAUUGUUGUAGAUUUCCGUCUUCUUUUCGUUGCUAGUUGCUGUAGAUGCGCCUUGUUGUACAUUGUUGCAGUUGCUGGUUGGUUGGAGGGUAAGUUGUUAAUAUCAGCUGGUGUACUUUGUUCUAUAGGAGAUACGUUGGAUGGUUUCGUUGAAGGGGAUGCUUCACUGUUGUUGGUGACUGUCACAGGUGUACUGGGGUUGCUUGGGCUUGGUGUGAAGGAAGCACCGUUGUCCUUUGGUGUGGUUGUCUCCUUAUCCAGUUUAUCACAUGGCUUACCGUAGUGAACAGCUUUUUUGGUAAUAUUGACAUGUGGCCAUCUGAUUGUCAUAGGUAACAAGUGAUUUGCACGGGAUUCCUGACCAAAAGUCACAUAAGAAGGUAUAGACCUCUUCAAGCGCAUGCGUAACAAACGUACACCAUUCAGAAUACCGGGGGAAAAGUUCUUCCACUUUUCUUUUUCGAUAGAGAGAAUCUGGGGUAUAGUUUUGCGAAUAUAAGGAUCGAUGACGCUUGAAGUAAAAUCAUGCACACGCACUUCUAUAGCACUUUCUUCCAUAUAUACUGGAAUGUUGUACUUAAUGUUUUCGUGCUCCACAUAGUGUACAUUGUUAUUGUUUUUUGCGAAUUGAAUUGCAUCCAACUCUUUAUAAAACUGGAUGUAAACAACAUUAUUCGUCUUAUUGCAUUGAAGUAAAUGCACACUUUUAAUGUCAAGAUGCAUUUGCUCCUUAAGCAAACCUUCAAGCCGUGUGGCAUCCGGCGGAAUUAUUUUUUACCAAGAAUUGAUCCACUGGUUUCCUAUUCCAUGUCGUAAAAGGCCACAAAAAUAGGAACUCCUAAGUCAAGGUGUAUUUCCAUGCCGAUGGCUGAAUGGCUGCAGGAGGUUAAACAUUGCAGUCGUGAACGGAAUAUCUUGGGCUUUUCCCUUACUGGAUACACGCAAUGCUUAGCAAUCAACUUCUUUGAUCAUCGCUUCGGCAGGCCAGAGAUUAGAAAGCUGAGUGUCUGUGGGUGUCCUCAAGGUGGUGUACUAUCCCCACUUUUAUGGAACCUAGUCGCUGAUAGUUUGUUAAGGAAACUUAAUAACCUUGGAUUUCCGACUUAUGGUUUUGCCGACGAUUAUCAUAUAUUGAUGACCGGUAUAAGCAUUAACACUCUCUUUGAUUUAAUGCAGCAAGCCCUGCGAUCUGUUGAACAAUGGUGUUGUCAGGUUUGGAUUAUCUGUAAAUCCGGGCAAAACAUCAAUGGUGCUUUUCACUCAUCGUAGGAUAAUUACAGGAGCUCGUCCGUUGCAGUUCUUUGGUUCAGGGGUCACUGUGGUCGAUCAAGUUAAAUACGUCGGGGUUAUUCUUGACUCAAAACUGAAUUGGUCUGCUCACAUUGAUUUCAGGAUUAAAAGAGCUUGCAUGGCUUUCGGCCAAUGCAGACGAGCUUUUGGAAAAUCAUGGGGACUCAAACCCAGAUAUAUUCAUUGGAUCUACACAACUAUCGUUAGACCAAUUUUAGCAUAUGGAUGUCUUGUAUGGUGGCAGAAAGGAGAAGUCGCGACAGUUCAGUCAAAGCUAAAUCAUCUCCAAAGGAUGGUCCUAAUGGCGAUGACAGGAGCAUUCACGACAACUCCUACUGCUGCUCUAGAGGCGCUACUGUGUAUUAAACCACUACAUGUGUUCCUAAAACAAGAAGCAUUAUCUUGUGCAUACCGUCUUAGGGUUACAAGGCUUUGGAACAGUAACCCAUUAGAUUAUGCUACCAGCCACACUCGCUUGUGGUCUCAAAUGGUUACGUGGGAUGAGUAUUUACUCGCUCCUAGUGACCUAACUCUCACAUGCAGUUUUCCUUUUAAAACAUUCAAUGUGAGCUAUCCUCUUCGUUAGGAAUGAUUGUCUGGUUGUCUGGAACGACAACUUGAUGAACACAUAGUUUGUUUUACGGACGGUUCUCUGUUGAAUGAUCGUGCUGGUGCUGGUAUCUACUGUCGUGAAAUAGGCUGGAGCAGUCUCAUUCACUUGGUAGAUACUGUACUGUGUUUCAAGCAGAAAUCUACGCAAUUCUGUGUGGAGUACAAUCGGCACUUCAGCAGAGGAUCUGUGGUAAACGUAUUUAUUUUUGUUCCGACAGUCAGGCAGCCUUAAAAGCACUCAGUUCGAAUGACUCACGGUCGAAUCUAGUGAUCGCAUGUCGAACUCAAAUUGAAGACCUCAGCAUUUCAAAUGCUGUUUACUUCAUAUGGGUACCCGGCCAUUCUGGUAUUACUGGAAAUGAAUGGGCUGAUGAGUUGGCUAGAGCUGGUGCAACGAAUGAUUUCGUUGGUCCUGAACCAGCUUUACCACUUUCAACUAGUUGGAUAAAGCACAAGAUACGUUCUUGGGCUGCAUCCAAACAUGCCGGCUACUGGCGCAGCUUGCAAACUUGCGCUCAGACAAAAGCAUUUCUACCAGAUUUAAAUCUGAAAAUGUCAAAGUGUCUACUGCAUUUCUCCAAGUAUCAUUGAAGUAUUCUGGUCAGAGCUCUGACUGGACAUUGCAAACUCAAUUAUCACAUGGCUACUAUUCAACGUGCUGAGUAUUAUUCGUGUGAUUUGUGUGAAUGAGAUUAUGGUACUUCAUAUCAUCUGAUAUGUAACUGUCCCGCAUUGACGCAGCUACGUAUCCGGGUUUUUGGUUCUCCAUACAUGGUUGAGUCUGUGUAUGCGGAGCUAAAAUUGAAAGAUAUUCUCUCGUUUCUCACCCAAUGUGGUAAGGAGCUAUAGUCAGAAGGGUUCAUCGUUCUUCCUGGAGUGAAUGAAUCCCUUCUGUAUUCACCUUAAAUAGGGUUUGGCAGAUUGUUUGGCAUCCUCUGGGGGGUACCGCAUUUACUUCUGCUCGUACAUACUGCGAGUCGUUCUGCAUUCUUCCGGGAGUGCAGAAUGGUGUCGCUUUUGUAAGAUCUCUAAAUCCUCUCGGGGGUUGGAGGUUUUAUUAACAGCAGACUGUUCGGGACCUCGUAGAGGUUCAGAAUUUCCUUCUGCUUCCACUAAAUGUGAUCCUCAGCAGAUUGUUCAGCAUCCCUUAGGGGUGCAGAAUUUACUUCUGCUUUUAUGUGUUUUUGUGUCGUCAAUUUUUCCCAUCCUCCUAGUCCAACCCUUACCAUUUCCUUUCAAUCCUUCCCUCUUAUAUAUCGGGAAAAUGAUGCUAAAAACAAAUUGAUGGCAAGGCACAAAUCUCCAAAUAUCAAGGGGAACGUGCCAUUUGAGCCAAUUUGUUCUGAUUCCUGAUUCCUGAUAGACCUCUUCAAGCGCAUGCGUAACAAACGUACACCAUUCAGAAUACCGGGGGAAAAGUUCUUCCACUUUUCUUUUUCGAUAGAGAGAAUCUGGGGUAUAGUUUUGCGAAUAUAAGGAUCGAUGACGCUUGAAGUAAAAUCAUGCACACGCACUUCUAUAGCACUUUCUUCCAUAUAUACUGGAAUGUUGUACUUAAUGUUUUCGUGCUCCACAUAGUGUACAUUGUUAUUGUUUUUUGCGAAUUGAAUUGCAUCCAACUCUUUAUAAAACUGGAUGUAAACAACAUUAUUCGUCUUAUUGCAUUGAAGUAAAUGCACACUUUUAAUGUCAAGAUGCAUUUGCUCCUUAAGCAAACCUUCAAGUUUCCGUAUCGAAGGUCGAAUUUUGCACUGCCUGAAGUCAACAAUAAUUGUAUUCUUUCGGUCCGGCGGUAGCUUUUGUUCGUUUGGUUCACUCAUUUCGAGAUCGUUCUAUUGUUCACUACACAAUACUGUACUUGGUUUCUUCCGUCCCGAACGUAAGCGGUUUUGUUUUAUCGACUGACUUGGAUGAUAUGUGAAAACGAACUCCUUGUCUUUGGUUGAAUAUGUCUUUAUGGCAAUGACAGUGCAGAGUUGAUCGUAGUAUGCAGGUAUUUCAUAAAACUGGCAUGUAAUCAGCGGAUUCUCAUAGAUAACCAACGUUUUACAUGGAUGUGACGCGCUCCGACCACAAAUAAUUGCUGCCGGUCUAGCUUUGCUGUGCUUGAAAUCAAUACAAAAAAUGAAAUUGAUCGCAAAGGGCAAGUUUCAGGCCUUUUGCAUUUGCUUAUUUUGAAUACACUAUUGUUCGCUACACUGUAUUGUCUUUGUUUUUUUGGUCGUCUCGUCCGUACGCGAUUUUCGAAUGUGUCGGACACGAACUGACGGAAAAUACUGGCAAGUUUUCUUGUUUUCAUUUUUGAACGCCCAUUUCGUCCAUUCACGAAAAAUAUUCCUAGUUUCGGUUUUGCCUGUUAUGCUUUGUGCGAUGAUUCGUUCAACUCAAGCGGUUAGCAUUUUUCGUAAAUUUUUGGGAUUACAAUCCACCCUAAAGGGUAACUUACAAUCCUCGGAAAACAGCGAUUGUUGAAAAACGCAAAAGCAGUUUUCUCUUAAACAUUACGAUAAUCUGGGGGUGUGAGGGUGGCAUUUCGAACGCUUUUUUUCUGGAAUUUUUGUUACCGGAACUAAUACGAAAAUUGGUGCCGUUUUUUUACGGAUAGCUUAACUUGGUCUAAUAUGCUAGGGGAAGGCCGCCGAGAGAAAAACACGGGCCCGGGGGAAUUUCAAUACGGGGGCCCCCUUCGAAACCUCAUGAGUAAAAAAAAAAAGGUCCCAAGGUACGUUUCAUAAUCUUCGAAUUUCUGGGCCCCCUAAAAAAAUCCGGGCCCGGGGGGAUUUUUUUUUCUUUUAUUUGCAUCUGUAGAAUUUCUAACAAUUGUUGAAUGGCAUCGUUGGCGUCAUAUCUUAUAGAUACGAAAAAUGUAAAAAUGCCCCUUAACCUUCCGGUAGUCGCACUUAACAACAAUAGACUCUCUAAAACCGAAUGGUAGCUCUCGUUUGCCUUGCCGCGAGUGCGACUUCCGGAAGGUUAACCAUUGUGAAUGACAUUUUUUUCGGGAAUAAUUUUAUUCUAAAUUGUUCAUUUUAUCUUCUUUUUUUCUCGUGCAGACAGCUUACCAGAACAACGCUAAAAUUUAUCAGAAGUGUUUCGAAUUUCAAAUUGAUUCAUAUUGUAAAAUUUGAUCGUGCAAGAUGGUGGACGCUCUGCAAGAAUGGCAAGUGACCGGAAAUGUGAAGUCCCGAAUAGGACACUUGCUGAACACAGGCUUAUGGACGGACUGCCAAUUUUUGGUCGGCACGGAGUCAAACUGCAAGUUGAUUGGUGCCCACAAGCUUAUCCUGUGCAUGUCAUCUCCAGUUUUCCAGGCCAUGUUGCGGGGCCAGUUAGCCGAAAACGAAGACACUAUUCAGGUUCCUGAUAUCGAGCCAUUAAUUUUUGAAUGGUUGCUAAAGUACAUUUACACCGAUGAUAUCACCAAAGGAUCAGUGGAUGAAACAUGCAAAUUAUAUUAUGCAGCUGAUAAGUACAUGUUUCCAAUAGUGAAAGAUCAUUGUCUAUCGCAAUUACUCUCGGUUAUCAACGCUAAAAAUGUAUUACAAAUUUACGAGUUUGCAAAAUUCUACAACAAUUCAACUCUAAUUGACAAGUGUCUAGCUUAUAUAGAAAGCAAUGCAAAAACCAUACUGAAUGAUGAGAGUCUCAUGGAGUCUCAGCUGAAUGUCAUCAUCGAAUUGUUUGAUCGCAACUCUCUGUGUAUCGAUAGUGAUUUGGAUUUGUACCGGUUCCUGACCAAAUAUGCGACGAAGCAUCGAUUACUCCCUUUGGAUGAUAUGGAAGCAAAGGAAAAAAAUACGAACGAAAUUGUAGAUUUGAAAAAGUCCGAGAUAAAACUGGACGGGAAAAACGUAGUAAACUUUAGCGAGAAAACACUGGGAAAAUCUUCAAAAAUUGUUGCCAAAUCCGAACAAGGCUUACCAACAAUUUACGAUGCUCUGAAACGUAUUCGCUUUUUGACAAUCAGCGUGAAUAAUCUUGCUGCUGAGUUAUCGAAAAUUAAUUUACUCACGGAUACCGAGGCGUACCAAAUUAUUAUGAAUAUUUUACUUCCCGAGACUGGUUUUCCAAUGCCGGAAGGGUUUAGUACGUCGAAACGCCAAAGAAACCCACGCCGAUCUACGAAUCAUUGAUAUGAAUUUGCUCUUGUAUUGUUAAAAAGAAUUGCUCUUGUAUUGUGAAAGAAUAAUUGAGUCAUGUUUAUUGUGCUACCUACAUAUUGUAUCUCCCAAAUUUUCAUCACAUGAAUUAGUGUCCAAUAAAACCUUGUCAUAAUGUAAAAAAAUAAAUGUAACCAGAAUCGAAAAAAAAAUUACGAACGUAUUUCAUUCGGGGGUUAUCCUGUGUUUGUGCUUAGGGCCGUUCUUACAUUCCUUUAUGUUUCGGCUUAGACUCGUCAGUGCAGAGCAGUUCUAUUUGAACAUAGCUAGUAGUUGUAUCAGCACUUUUCAGUGUUCAUUUUGAAAGGAUUCCCAUCGUACAGUUUCUGCUCAUAAGCGCAGUGGAAUAUGCUUUAAAAUUUUUUUUUAACAAAAUGUUCGAAAAUUCCAGUUACAGUUUGAGAUAGGAAAGUGCUUAUGGAAGUUGCAUAAAUGUUUGUUAUAAAUGUUCGAUAUAGGCAUGGUCUUUAUUGAUAAAUACGGAAAACAGUUUUCUAUCAUUCUGACAAGUUUUGGUUGUUCGGUAAUUUGUCACAUUUAGAGAAAAAAAAAUUCCGGGGAAACAACUCCACUCCUCCUUUAAUUUUUAAAUAUCAGAAUAUAUUUCUUUUGUUGAAGUCUGUGACUGUAUGCGUAUUCAUUUGCAUUUUCCUCAAACCUUUUUAAAGCAAAUAUCAAUGGUUUUCCUUUUCCUGUCCAGCUCCAUCUUUCGGUACAUGAUGAAAUGGCGAAUAUGUUGUGUGAACGUUCUUCCCAAUGGAAGCUACGAACCACCUACCAACCAACUAAGCCGGUCUGAGCAGUACCGAUCCUUUAACGGCAUUCCACGAAGUUUCCUUCUCCUUUCGGUCGCAGUUUUGUAAAUCCUUUCCGUUUUAUCUUAUUUGGUUUUUGUUGUUCCGUGAUAAAGUCCUUACGAUUCUUAUAAUCAAGCCUCUGACAUCUAGCGAAAAAGGCAAGUCCACAGCAAGCUCCUAUUUCAGUUCCUUAAUAUCGUAAUUACCAAAGUUUAAUAUUACGAACAAUUACUGUACGAUGGCAUAUCCGACUUGUUGGAAAAUAACGCUAACUAAAAAUAUCAUCGAAUAAAUCUACACUAUACAUAGCUCUACACGAAGUGUGGGAAUGUUUGAUCAAUGUACAAACAGUGCUAAAAUUAUUUGAAAAAAUAACUGAUAUCAUUACUCAUAUGAAUAGUGGAUGUGGUUAGAAUAUUCCAGUUAGUUUCUGUUUUAUUAUUAAACUAGCUGACCCGUCGAACUUCGUCUCGCCAGAAGACUUGUCAAAAGACUUAGUGGUCAACGUUUCUCUCCAUUAUUUUUCUGAUUAUUUAACUUACAAUCAACGGAAUUCGACACACACUCGCUUUAGCUCAAAAAGAAGAAAUAUCACCAAAGAUUAAUGUGAAAAUAUGUAACACCUCUGUUAAGCAAAAAUUGAACAAAUGCACAGAUAUCAAUUCUGAACAGUCCGUUUUAAGGAAUUACUCAUACGUGAAUGUUCACCCGACAGAACAAACUUCAAAGCAGUUUCUUGUACACGAAAAAUUUUUAUUUUUGUGUUCGGUAAUAAUUUUUCCGGCAACGAUCUGUAAAAUAUUAUUUUUACUGAAAGAUACGUAAAAUUUAUCCAACUCACGGUCAUCUGUCAAAGAACUACUGAAUAUCGGAAAAUCCUAUGUAAAAGUUACGAUUAUUUAUUAUUUACUGACACGGUCUGUGAACUCUGAAAUGUCAUUUCUCUUGACGAACUCAGUAAAAGUUUUACCAAUAUCCGGAAAAUUAAUAAAAAAUAAUGAAGAAUUUCAGUAAUCAUCACUAAACAUUUAGCAGAAAUAAAGAUCUGUCAAAAACAACAUUUCGGACGUAAAGGUGUGAAAAUUUCUAGAUUUGUAAAGAAAAAAAUAGUCGUGCGAAUUGAUUGCUUGCAAAAAAUAGAUAAUACUGAUUC